AAUGCAUAUCAGUUAGAAACUAGAUAACAAUCAAACUCAGGUAAAACAAUACAUAAUCUUGACAUUCGGUGAUAAACUUAUCACUAAAUUAUGUCACAAGAAAACCAACAUUUUAUUUUCUCGCACACGGUCAUAGAUAUCGGUCGUGAUGGCUACUAAAGUGGCCAUAGUCACUGGUUCCAAUAAAGGAAUAGGCUUUGGAAUUGUGAGGGGUUUGUGCAAGAGGUUCCAAGGACACGUGUAUCUCACAUCCAGAAACGAGCAGAGAGGAAAAACGGCAGUAAGAAAACUUAAGGAAGAAAGUCUUUACCCAAACUAUCAUAAAUUAGAUGUCACUAAAAAAGAGAGCUUGGAAAUAUUCCGUGAUUAUAUUCAAAAACAAUAUGGCGGAAUAGAUGUUUUAGUAAAUAACGCGGCUAUAGGGUUUAGGAAGGAUUCUACAAUGCCAGCGAUAGUUCAGGCCGAACGCACGCUAUUCGUCAAUUAUUUCUCCCUACUAUCCACCUGUGAAAUCCUCUUUCCUUUACUAAGGAAUGGAGCUAGAGUUAUAAAUGUUUCCAGUAAUUUAGGACAUUUGUCUCAAAUACCUAGUUCUACUAUAAGGAAUAAGUUGAAAGAUAAGAAUUUGACGGUAGAGGAGUUGAGUGAGUUGAUGACUCAGUAUGUGGAUGCGACUCGGCAGGGGGCGCAGCUUUUGAAGUGGGGGAAAUCUUCUUACGCGGUGUCAAAGGUUGGAGUGGUGGCGUUGACGAGGAUACAACAGAGGAUGUUGAAUGAUAGAGAUAUAAAAGUGAACGCCGUGCACCCCGGCUACGUGGCGACGGACAUGACGGCGCACACGGGCCCGCUGACCAUCGACGAUGGCGCGCAACCAGCUUUGUAUCUAGCCCUGGACUCGCCAGACUCGUUACGCGGCGAGUACGUGUGGAGCGACAAGACCGUCGUGGAUUGGGAAGCGAGUGAAAUGCCAAAGCAUGUUAAAAAGAAUACAGCCACAGAAUAAAUAAUAGUACUAGCGUACAGAAAGAACACUUCCUACAAAACCGAAGUUUGACAGCGGUUCAGGGUCGGAUCAUGCUAUGCCUUUCUAAUGUAUGGCACUAUCCCUUUCGGCUAUUUAGGGUUGUCAAAAUUCAAGUGAUUAUCUUAUCUGUGGUCGUGCACGCAAAAGGAAUUCAAGUGGUGCCAACCCUAAUAAUUGCUCGGAGCAAUGCUGACCCGAACUGAGCCGAAUUCGACCGAAGUCAGGAGUGUCUCCCCACUGAUACAGCUUGAAAGUAAAUUGUUGUCGGAAAAGUUUGGUCACACCUUAUUUAAAACGCUUAAUAGUCUAAUGUUCUAUCUGUUUCCUUUUUAGGGUUCCGU